AUGGCCCGCGAGUUUGAUCAUCUUUUUAAACUGCUGAUUAUCGGUGACAGUGGUGUAGGAAAAAGCUGUCUCCUUCUACGUUUUGCGGACAACACUUUCUCCGGUAGUUAUAUUACGACGAUCGGUGUCGAUUUCAAAAUAAGAACUUUAGAGAUAAAUGGUGAAAGAGUUAAACUUCAGAUAUGGGAUACAGCCGGGCAGGAAAGGUUUAGAACGAUCACGAGCACGUACUAUAGAGGGACUCACGGUGUCAUCGUUGUAUACGAUGUCACUAAUGGGGAGUCGUUUGCUAAUGUGAAGAGAUGGUUGCACGAGAUCGAACAGAAUUGCGAUGUCGUCAACAAAGUACUAGUUGGUAAUAAAAACGACUGUCCAUCAAGGAAAGUAGUCGUUACGGAGGAUGCUCAAAGAUUUGCAAAUCAAAUGAACAUACCAUUGUUUGAGACGAGUGCUAAAGAAAACAUCAAUGUAGAGGAAAUGUUUCUAACUAUAACAAAAAUGGUUCUAAGGUCUAAGUUGGAAAUGAAGGAGAGGCAAAAUGUAACAGCGAAUGACACAGUAAAUCUAAAGAAGAGCCACAAAGGGAAGAAAAAAUGUUGCCACUGA